CCUUGUGCAAUGGUACUGUUUGCCGUGAUGCUCAGAGGGCAGGCACCUGCUGCUCUGUAAUGAUUCAGCCUCUUUCAGCCGCUGCUUUAACAGGACAGGAUGCUGUUGCUACUGUCGCUGCUGCCCCUCCUGCCGCCGCCGCUGCUGCCGCCGCCGCCUCCUCUGGUCUUGCUUUUGCUUUUACUUCUCCUGCAUGACAGUUGUUUUCUUCCUCUAAGCAGACACCAGCUUCAGACGCUUGAGGUGAGAAACAUGCCUUUCAGUUUGGGAUACUGGUUUACUUAAUCAGCUAGGCAUCAGCUUGCUUCCUAUUUUGGUCCCCUGCCUUCUUGAACCAACCGGGAUGGUUUGGAGAAGCCUUUGAAAGAACUGAAAAAGUGUCCCAGAAACAACAGCUCAAGAUAUUUCGGUACACUUCUAUUUCAUAGUUGCUAGAAGCCCUUUCUUUUUCGUUUCUUUUUCUUUCUUUUUUUCUUUUUUUUUUUCUUUUUCUUGCUUCCUCUUAAGCUCUCUUACUUUGGAUAAUGGCCUUGGACUUGGGUGCCUUAUCGAUUUCCCCCUUCAAGAUGCUGUAUCAUUUGGUUGGGGGGAGCUCUGCAUGGUAAUGCACUGUGAGAGAGGCCGGGCCUUCUGGAGGUGAUCCGGAUGGAGAUUUAUUCCCCAGACAUGUCUGAGGGAGCUGGCGGGAGGUCCUCCAGCCCCUCCACUCAGCUGAGUGCAGACCCAUCUCUUGAUGGGCUUCCGGCAGCGGAACAUAUGCCAGACACCCACACAGAAGAUGGGAGAAGCCCUGGACUCCUGGGCCUGGCGGUGCCCUGCUGUGUCUGCCUGGAAGCGGAGCGUCUCAGAGGGUGCCUCAACUCCGAGAAGAUCUGCAUUGUUCCCAUUCUGGCUUGCCUAGUAAGCCUCUGCCUCUGCAUUGCUGGCCUAAAGUGGGUAUUUGUGGACAAGAUAUUUGAAUACGACUCUCCUACCCACCUUGACCCUGGGGGGUUAGGCCAGGACCCUGUUAUUUCUCUGGAUCCAACGGCUGCCUCCGCUGUUUUGUUAUCAUCCGAGACAUACACUUCACCUGUCUCUAAGGCUCAGUCUGAAGCUGAGGCUCAUGUUACAGGGCAAGGUGACCAUGUCCCUGUGGCCUCUGAACCUUCCGCAGUACCCACCCGGAAGAACCGGCUGUCUGCUUUUCCUCCCUUACACUCCACUCCACCGCCCUUCCCUUCUCCAGCUCGGACCCCUGAGGUGAGAACACCCAAGUCAGGAACUCAGCCACAAACAACAGAAACUAAUCUGCAAACUGCUCCUAAACUUUCCACGUCUACAUCCACGACUGGGACCAGCCAUCUCAUAAAGUGUGCGGAGAAGGAGAAAACUUUCUGUGUGAAUGGGGGCGAGUGCUUCAUGGUGAAGGACCUGUCAAACCCCUCAAGAUACUUGUGCAAGUGCCCAAAUGAGUUUACUGGUGAUCGUUGCCAAAACUACGUAAUGGCCAGCUUCUACAAGCAUCUUGGGAUUGAAUUUAUGGAAGCGGAGGAGCUCUACCAGAAGAGGGUACUGACAAUUACUGGCAUCUGUAUCGCCCUGUUGGUGGUCGGCAUCAUGUGUGUGGUGGCCUACUGCAAAACCAAGAAACAGCGGCAGAAGCUUCAUGAUCGGCUCCGGCAGAGCCUUCGGUCAGAACGAAACAACAUGGUGAACAUAGCGAAUGGCCCUCACCAUCCAAACCCACCACCAGAGAAUGUGCAGCUGGUGAAUCAAUAUGUAUCUAAAAACGUCAUCUCCAGUGAGCAUAUUGUGGAGAGAGAAGUGGAGACCUCCUUUUCCACCAGUCACUACACUUCCACAGCUCAUCACUCCACAACUGUCACCCAGACUCCUAGUCACAGCUGGAGUAAUGGGCACACAGAAAGCAUCAUUUCAGAAAGCCACUCUGUAAUCAUGAUGUCAUCGGUAGAGAACAGCAGGCACAGCAGCCCAGCUGGGGGCCCACGAGGGCGUCUUCAUGGCCUGGGUGGCCCUCGAGAAUGUAACAGCUUCCUCAGGCAUGCCAGAGAAACCCCUGACUCCUACAGAGACUCUCCUCAUAGUGAAAGACAUAACCUUAUAGCUGAGCUAAGGAGAAACAAGGCUUACAGAUCCAAAUGCAUGCAGAUCGAGCUGUCAGCAACUCAUCUUAGAUCCUCUUCCAUUCCCCAUUUGGGCUUCAUUCUCUAAGACCCCUUGGCCUUUAGGAAGGUAUGUAUCAGCCAUGACCACCCCGGCUCGUAUGUCACCUGUAGAUUUCCACACGCCAAGCUCCCCUAAAUCGCCCCCUUCGGAAAUGUCUCCACCCGUGUCCAGCAUGACGGUGUCCAUGCCCUCUGUGGCAGUCAGCCCCUUUGUGGAAGAAGAGAGGCCUCUGCUUCUUGUGACGCCACCGAGGCUACGGGAGAAGAAGUAUGAUCACCACCCCCAGCAACUCAACUCCUUUCAUCACAACCCUGCACAUCAGAGUACCAGCCUCCCCCCUAGCCCAUUGAGGAUAGUGGAGGAUGAGGAAUACGAAACGACCCAGGAGUAUGAGCCAAUUCAAGAGCCUAUUAAGAAAGUCACCAAUAGCCGGCGGGCCAAAAGAACCAAGCCCAAUGGCCACAUUGCCAAUAGGUUGGAAAUGGACAGCAACCCAAGUUCUGUGAGCAGUAACUCAGAAAGUGAGACAGAAGAUGAAAGAGUAGGUGAAGAUACACCAUUCCUGGGCAUACAGAACCCCCUGGCAGCCAGCCUUGAGGCGGCCCCUGCCUUCCGUCUGGCUGAGAGCAGGACUAACCCAGCAGGCCGCUUCUCCACACAGGAAGAAUUACAGGCCAGGCUGUCUAGUGUAAUCGCUAACCAAGACCCUAUCGCUGUAUAAAACCUAAAUAAACACAUAGAUUCACCUGUAAAA